GACACUUUGGUCAAGGAGGAGCUGGCACUUGUAAGAGCAUAGACGUUUUAUGACACAAACCCACUGCCCCAUGCCAAAACAAUGAAUUCUUCUCCACCCCCCACUGCCACAAGAGAAUGUGAUUUUUACUUGCAAUCCGAGCCUGAAGUAUGCGUGGACAGUGGUGGGGGGAGGGCUCUCUUCACCUUUCACCCCGCCGUGUUGGGACUGUUUGUAUUUCCCCCUCUGUCCCUAUGCUCCCUGAGUAAGCUAAAUACUGAUAAAUGCGCUGUAAGGGGGGAAAACAAAGCAUGGCAAGAGUGGGUUGGUUUCACCUUUCUGUAUUCAUUUCUGCUGCAAAACAACUGAUAGAAAGAAGUCUGCAUAGUUAUCAAGAUAUCAGGGCAGGAAUGCCCAACCAUUUUUUUAAGGAUGCACCCUUUUUGCAUGCAACAUAUUGGUGAUUUUAAUCUUUAAUUUUAAACAAAAGUCACAGGUAUUUAUCACACAUGUUUCUGCCAAACAUGGAAAUUUUAGCAACACUGGAUUUGCAGGAAUACAUUUUAUUUAAAUGAUAGCAGCCUGCUAUGGAAUUGUUCAGGUGCCGACUGGUCCAUGGUUCUGCAGAAAGUGUGAAUCCCAAGAAAGAGCGGCCCGUGUGAGAUGUGAGCUCUGUCCCCACAAAGAUGGAGCCCUCAAGAGGACGGAUAACGGAGGCUGGGCCCAUGUUGUUUGUGCCCUCUACAUACCAGAGGUGGAGUUUGCUAAUGUCUCUACUAUGGAGCCCAUAGUUCUACAGUCUGUCCCACAUGAACGCUAUAACAAGACAUGCUACAUAUGCGAGGAGCAGGGCAGAGAGAGUAAGGCAGCCACCGGAGCCUGCAUGACCUGCAACAAACACGGCUGCAGACAGGCCUUCCAUGUCACAUGUGCCCAGUUUGCAGGUUUAUUGUGUGAAGAACAAGGCUCAGAUGCAGAUAAUGUCAAAUACUGUGGAUAUUGCAAAUACCAUCACAGCAAACUGCGAAGGAGCAGGGGCCGUGGUAGUAGGUCUCAAAGCUUAAGUGACUCUUCCUCUCAGUCUAUGGAUAUACCCUCAGAGCAGGACAAGAAGAAGCACAAGGAGCGAGACAGACAUAAACCUAGACACAAGAAAGGCUCCAUGGACAUGUCUCCAUCGCUUGUUCUUCCUAACAUCAUGGUCCCUGACAAGACCUACAACAGCGGCACCACAGGAGGAGGCGUUCCCUCUCUGCCCGCGGCCUCUCAGAAGCGUUUAGACGACAGUAGUGGGCGAUUCACCAACGCCAACUUCCAGGAAGUGUCGUCGGCUCACUCGGGGGGGCCGUCCAAGGACGGCCUGGUGGCAGAUGCGACCAAGGCGGCGUCCGAAGGCAAGAACAAAAAGAACAGCGGCGGCCCUCACGCCGUCGGACAGAGGAGCGGCCGCAAGUCUCUCACUUCGUCUGGGAAACCGUUACCCUCAGCGGUGGUCACCAUGGCUACCUCCUCUACAUCUGCCUCCGCUUCCACGGGGCCUUUCCAUCAAGGCCUGCUGCUGACGAGUGCCAGCAAGGCUCCCGCCGCUCCAUCCUCCUCAGACUUCCUCAGCUUCACAGACUCAACGCUGCGUCCCGGCGGUGGAACCACUUUUUCCUCCCCUCCGUCUUUCAGCAGCUGUCUGGUCAAGCCGAGCUCUGAGGGCGGGGCAUCAGAGGGAACCACAACUCUUUUUGGUUCUCUGAUGUCUGCGACCACAACCUCUGCAGCGGUUGGUGGAAAGCUGUACGAGAACUCCCACAGUCACACCGCCAGCGAAACCACCAGCCUCGUCGGAACGACCGGCUACAAACGAUCCCAGGCCUCCAGCAGCGGGCUGGGGAUGGGCGGCACGAUAGCAGGAGGGGAGGACGGCGUGAAGAAGAAAAAGAAGGGCAACUGGCGAAACCGAUUCGGACCUUGUUUCACCACAGACACAAAGCCCUCGGAGGCAGCUCCAUCCCUAACCCUCCCCACCUCCUCCUCCUCUGCAGCCAGCAUCACCUCCUCCUCCUCAUCUUCCCCAGCCUCCACCGCCUCGGCUACGCCCUCGACUCUCUCAGGCCGACCAGGCUUAGUUUCCAGCAGCGGUUUGGGAGCGGGGAUAGGAGGAGACAGGGCGAUCGGGGUCCUGGGCGUCGGCAUUCAGAAAUCCCCGUCACUUCUCAGGAACGGAAGUUUGCAAAGCAGUAGCAGCUCCGCAACCAGCAGCUCAGGUGUCUUCUCUGCAGCCGACGGGUCAUCGUCGGGGACAGCAGCCGUCGCCAUGGGCGGGGCGUGCGCCGAGUUGUCACAGCAACAGCAGCCCACACCUUCCCUAGCGCCUCCCUCUCCAUUCACAGCCACGGCACCGCUCAACAGCACAGCCUCCACACACGCUCUGCCGGGCCCCGUGUUCAACCUGGCCCCCCCACACAUGUUUGGCAACAGGCUGAACCCCAACUCCAGCAUGGCAGCUCUCAUCGCUCAGUCUGAGGCCUCGCCAGCAGAUCAGGAGGUUGGAGACGGCGGCGGCAGCAGCAGCGGAUCUCAGGGCUUCUCCAUACGAGCUUCUCCUAAGACCACCCCGCGUUCUCCCAUUGGCGGCCUGCAGAUCCGUUAUGACUUCUCUGGGUCAUUGCCGGGGCCAGGGCUGGGGUUGCUAGGGACCGGGGGAGGCGGCGGGGAGACGCUGCCCCCGGUGGCCACCAGCAUCGAGCAGCUCCUAGAGAGGCAGUGGAACGAAGGGCAGAACUUCCUGCUGCAGCAGGGAGCACAAGGCGACGUGGUGGCCAUGUUGAAGUCGCUCCACCAGCUGCAGGAGGAGAACAGGAGGCUGGAGGAGCAGAUUAAAACCCUGACCAUGAAGAAGGACAGGCUACAGCUUCUCAGCGCGCAGCUAUCAGUGCCUUUUACCCAGACGACCACUUCCUUUGCUGAUGUGAAGGGGUCCCACCUCGGAGCCACAGACUCAUCUCUACCUUUGGCAGCUCAGGACGCUGCAUCAUGCGGAGGUCACAGCAGCAGCGGCUCCACCUCCUCGCUCUCCGCCUCCCCCUCCGUCUCCCAGAGCCCGCCUCAGCCAGCGCUCAACGGUGUCGCCACGACGGCCGGGCUGGGUGGGGUCGCGGGGCUGAUGGGCGCUCUGGGUGCGGGAAACACAUUGGGCAUCGGCGGGAUCGUCGGCGCGUUGAACGGAGUGAUCCAACCGACGGCGGGCCCCGGCAGCCCUCACACUACAGGGGCGGCGGCCGUCACGCUCCCCGUUAAUAGCAGCUCAGCAGGUAGUAAGAACAGCGCCGCUCGCCUUGGCCUUCUGUCCGAGCAGCAGAGACUCCUCCUGCAGCAGCAGCAUCAGCUGCAGCAGCUGCUGUCCUCCCAUUCUUCCGCGGACCAGCAACAGCAGGCGUUGCUCCUCCAGCUGAUGCAGCAGCAGCAACAGCAGCAGGACCUCCAGCAGCUGCAGUCUCAGAUUCCCCCGCUGCCGCUCUCCAACACUCAGCUGCCCAUCACCAACCUGCUUCCCGGCGCUCAGGGUCAGAGCCAAGGCGCCAUCGCCACCAACCCUUUCCUGGCGAUGCAGCACGCGCACACCGACACAAAGCCGCGUGCGGCGGAGAAAGCCGUGGGCAUCACGGGCCAGGAGAAGACAUGACACUCUUGAUUUAGAGGUUUCCUCUUCAAUAAAUAUGCAGUCGUAAGAUCAGAGUUCAGCAGCUGGACAGAAACCUGUUUCUGAAAGAGUAUUGCUAUUCGUCUCGUGGAGCUCCUCACUCAGACUGGGCCUGCUCACCUCGGUUCUGCAGCUUUUUUUUCUGGUUUAAAACUUGACCCUGAAUUCUGUUUAUAUGUGUGCUAUUUAUUUCAAUCUAACUUAUGGUUUUGUUCUUUUUUUAACUUUAUAGCUGCUCCUUGGUUCUUAGUGUUUUUAGUUUAGUUUUUUUUAUUUAAUUAGUAUGUAGCAUCAGAUUAAAAAAUAUCUUUUCCUCCUUGAAAUGUCAGCUUUCUUGAAAGUUUCAAGGUAAUUGUUUCUAUCAUAGUUCUGACUCUUGUUUCCUGUCUUCUUGGCUUCUUUUUGUUUCCAUCUUGAUGUUUCACUCUCAGGGGCCUCCGCUAACCAGAGCCGUUUGCUCAACAGCCGAGCUGGCGCACAGAGAACUGCGAACCUAAAAAAAAAAAAAAAAAAGAGAACAAGCAGCAAAACAUGAAUGAGUAUAAAAAUACACUUCCCUGGAAUAGCACUGAACAGUAGCAGAUGUAUGUUUGACAUCUGUCUCGCAGCAGUUCCCGAGGGGAAUAUUGGGUCAGCGUUGUGGAAAAAAAAAAAAAAAGAGAGAGAAAUUACCCACUAGUCUGCUGCUGCUGCUGCCUUUCUCCCCACGUCUAUUUCACUCUUUGUGUGCUGCAGAUCCAUUAAUGUCAGCGAGCCAAGCGUCGCACCGUCACCGCAGAAGCCUUGCCGUCGACUGUCUCUUCUCUGGGCCAGAUAUAGGGGGCUCAGUCAGGGAGGGGGAAUCAAAAAGAAAAAAGACUUAAAGGCAGCCUGAUAGUUUAGGGAUGCUGUAAUUCAUCUAGCUUGGAGGCAGAAAACAGAAUAAAAGCCCAAUCUUCCUGAUUGAGCCCCCUGCUUGUACCUACCUCUUCGAGCAGGACCUAAAAAGGCCGACCGCUGCGGCUGCUUUAACCCCCCCCACACACACACACACACACAACAGUCAGGAUUGGCCGAUCAGGGUCCGAUCCCAAGUGCCUGAGGCCAAAUAAGUGGGGGCGGGGGGUUAGAUCUGGGGUUUGUACCUUGCAAAUUUUUUUUUUUUUUUUUUUUUUUUACAGCUCGCCUGGUGAUUACUGCCCUGCUGUAGACACCAGAAUUAAGAAAAACACUUUCCACCUCUUCUUUUUUUUUUCAAACCAGGAAAGUUUAUUCUGCUAUGUUCUUUAAUAUAAAAAGAAAAUGACUGUUGUGAGUUUUGUUUUAUUAUUUUUUUCCCCUGGAAUAUGUAUUGUGCAUGAAAUGAUAUAUUUUAAAGAAAGCUCACUGAUUCUUUUUUUUUUUUUGCAAUUUAACAUCCUUUUGUACUACUGUGUACAGUUAUGUUUAUUUCGUCCAACACAGUCUGAUUUUGCUGUAAUCUAAUGACGUCUGCUCUGUGUCAUGUGUUUGAAAAGCUAUUUAAUAGUCGGUUAAUGGGGGGGGGGGGGUGUAUAUAGCUGCUUGUGGGGGUGGAGGAAGGUGUUUGUCGUGGCACAGUCUCUAUACCUCGUUAGGUGCACAUAAACCUUUCUCAUUGGCCAUUUGGUGUACAUAGGUGAUUACGAAAGCCGCAAGUUUUUCUGUGUGAGAAAAAUAAAAUGAACAGUGACUGGA